AUGCCACGACCAAAACGACAAAAUAUUGGCCGACGAUCACGGAAUUAUGUCGCCCAACAAUAUCAUAGGAGAUCUCAAAGUGAAGAGGCACAAUUACAACGAAAUGUUGUUCAACAAGUACGAAACGCACGUCGAAAUACAUCUGCAGGUCCGUCAACAAAUCCAGCAUCAAGACGAACGUCAAGAAUUUCGCAUCGUGCUCAAGCCAUGGAAUUUGCUGCAUUUCAUUACAGCAGUGAAAUGGAUUACAGUGAACAUGGUCUUAUUGGUGGAAUGACGGUGAGAUGUCUACAUUGUGCUGCAGCCAAAUUUCCAGGUGAAACGGCUGGCAUGUGUUGUACUAAUGGCAAAGUGAAAUUGCCAGCAUUUGAAUCUCCACCUGAUCCACUGCACUCAUUAAUUUUUGGAACAUCAACAACGUCCAAGCAUUUUUUGUCCCACAUUCAAGAAUAUAAUACGCCAUUUCAAAUGACUUCUUUUGGUGCGACGAAAGUUAUAAGAGACAGUUUUAUGCCGACGUUCAAGAUUCAAGGCCAGAUUUAUCAUAGAGCUGGUUCAUUAUUGCCAUUCCCUGACACUGAACCUCAAUUUUUGCAAAUCUAUUUUGUUGGGAACAGCAAUGAUGAAUUGAAUCGGCGUUGUGCAAUUGCUCCAAGUGCAAGGCGUCAAAUUAUUUUGGACCUGCAAAUUUUUUUCCAUCAACACAAUGGAUUAGUUCAAUUGUUCAAAACCGCUCUUGAUCUUAUGCCAUCCGAUUAUCAUAGGAUAGUAAUAAGAGCCGACAAAACGCCUUUUGGAGAGCAUGCAAGACGCUUCAAUGCACCAACCAUUGAUGAAGUGGCCAUUGUAAUUGUUGGAGAGCAGUUUCUAUCUCGCGAUUUUGUGCUACACCGAAGAAAUGAGCAAUUGCAGUGUGUAUCAGAGCUUCAUCGCAGCUAUGAUGCAUUACAGUAUCCAUUAUUGCACUGGAAAGGUGACGACGGCUAUUAUAUCAAUAUACCAAUGAUAGAUCCACGAACCGGUCGUGACAUACCAGGCAAGACGGUUAGUGCGAUGAACUAUUACUCAUACAGAUUCAUGGUUCGUCCACAAGAAGACAACUUCAUUUUAAGGUGUGGCAAACUAUUCCAUCAAUAUGCUGUGGACAUGUAUGCGAAGAUUGAAUCAGAACGUCUCAAUUACCUUAGAUUCAAUCAAGCGCAAUUGCGAUCGGAAGACAUCAUAUCAGCUGAAAUUCCAGAUGAAAUUACUGAUCCUGAAUUAUUUGAAGUUGUCAAGAAAAAUAUGAUUCAUGGUCCUUGCGGUGCACUCAAUUUGAAUUAUCCAUGCAUGAUCGAUGGAAAAUGUUCAAAACGGUACCCAAGAGCAUUGACUUCUGACACGAUAACAGGUGAUGAUGGAUAUCCGUUGUACCGACGUCGGUCUACGGAAGAUAAUGGCCAUACGGUAACUAUUAGAAUACAAAAUCAAAACAUCGAAGUUGAUAAUCGUUGGGUAGUUCCAUACUCACCACUACUGUCGAAAAUAUUUAAGGCACACAUUAACGUUGAGUAUUGCAAUUCGGUCAAAUCGAUCAAAUACAUUUGCAAGUAUGUCAACAAAGGCAGUGAUAUGGCUGUUUUCGGAGUAGCUGCUGACAAUAGUCAUGAUGAAAUUGCUCAAUAUCAAAUAGGACGCUACAUCAGCACUAAUGAGGCUCUUUGGAGAAUUUAUUCAUAUCCGAUGCAUGAACGGUUUCCUGCUGUUGUUCAUUUGGCAGUUCAUCUUAAAAAUGGCCAAAGUGUGUAUUUUACCAAUGAAAAUGUUCAAGAGAGAGUGGCACGUCCACCAGCAACAACAUUAACCACAUUUUUUCAAUUGUGCGCAAGUGAUGAAUUUGCCAGAACUUUGCUGUAUUCAGAUGUAACGCAUUAUUACACUUGGACUGCACAAAAAACAUGGCAACGGCGUAAACAGGGAACAGCAGUUGAUGGCCAUCCAGGUCUUUUCUAUGCAGAAACUAUGGGAAGACUAUACACAGUUCAUCCAAAUAUGGUUGAAUGUUAUUAUUUGCGGCUAUUGUUAGUGAAUGUUGUGGGGCCGCGUUCAUUUGAAGAUUUGCGAACAGUUAAUGGUCAUUUAUGUGGUACGUAUCGUGAAGCGUGUGAGCAUUUGGGUUUACUGGAAAAUGAUGCACAUUGGGAUUUAUCACUUCAAGAUGCAUCGAUCGCUUCAUUUCCACAUCAAAUACGUAUGCUGUAUGCCAUAAUAAUAUCAACAUGUUUCCCAUCGAAUCCGAUUGAAUUGUGGAAUAAAUAUCGAGAUUUUAUGACAGAAGACUUUUUGAUUCGAAUGCGCCAUCAUACAGGAAACCCUGAUUUGAUCAUAACAUUGGAAAUGUAUAAUGAGGCAUUAAUAGCGAUUGAAGAUAUGUGCCUUACGAUCGCCAAUAAAGCAUUGGGACAAUUAGGUAUGAUUUCACCCAAUCGUCCAAUGCAUGAUUUUUUCGAUCGAGAAUUGCGACGAGAACAUCAUUAUGAUAUCAAUGAAUUGCAAACAUUUGUGAAUUUAAAUGUUCCCAAAUUAAAUGAUCAUCAAAAAAAUGUAUACGAUACCAUCAUGCAAGCAGUACAAAAUGAAGCCGGUGGAUUGUACUUUUUGGAUGCGCCCGGUGGUACGGCGCAAGGGAAAAUUGCAUUGGCACUUGCUUCGUCUGGAAUAGCUGCUACUCUGUUGGAUGGAGGACGAACAGCACACUCUGCAUUAAAAUUACCGUUAAAUGUGCAGGUGAUUGAGAAUCCCACGUGCAAUAUAUCAAGAAAUUCUGCGAUGGCAAAAGUUUUACAGCAAACAGCAAUUAUUUUAUUGGAUGAAUGUACGAUGACGCACAAAAAAUCACUUGAAGCAAUACACCGCACAAUGCAAGAUCUGCGUGGCAAUCAAAACAUUUUUGGUGGUGCAUUGAUAUUAUUGUCAGGAGAUUUUAGGCAAACACUACCCUUGCAGAAUGAUCAAUCUGCAGAUCGGUUUUCGAAGCAAUUGUUGGAAAUCGGAAAUGGCAAAGUUCAAAUCGAUAACACAAACGGUUUAAUUAGUUUGCCAAACAAUUUUUGUACAAUUCUCCAAUCAAAAGAAGAAUUGAUUGAACGAGUGUUUCCAAAUAUUAUCCAAAAUCACAGGAAUCACAAUUGGUUGAAAAAAUUGCCUGGUGCAGUAAUAUCAUACAAAUCUAUUGAUAGCGCAUUGAAUGAAGAAGAUGCAGUCAACUAUCCAGUUGAAUUAUUGAAUUCGUUGGAACCACCCGGUAUACCGCCGCAUUUCUUGAAAUUGAAGGUCGGCUCAUCAAUUAUUUUACUACGGAAUUUGAAUGCACCAAAACUGUGCAACGGCACAAGAUUAUCUGUAAAAAGAUUGAUGCCGAAUUUAAUCGAAGCCACAAUAUUGACUGGCAAAGCGAAAGGGGAAUUUGUACUCAUCCCACGUAUUCUUCUGAUACCAACAGACACGCCAUUUGAAUUCAAACGAUUGCAAUUCCCCGUGCGCCUAUCAUUCGCCAUGUCCAUCAAUAAGGCACAAGGACAAACGCUCCAAAAUGUGGCAUCUCUUAAGUUAUCUAUGUAUACAUAA